UUGAAUAAUUCAACUCUAAUUCAACUCAUGAUAUUUACGAAGAGGGACUAUUUUGUAUAGAACGUAAAUGGAAUGGAUUUACGAUGUGGACUUUCAGGGUAAAAAAAAAAAAAAAAAGAGAGAGCAGGAGGAAUAUCGACGAUUAACGCUUUACCAUAUUACUUAUAUGAGGGGGGACACGCUUGCAUUCUAUUGCAUCUCCCCAAGGAAUUACACUAGUAUUACAUGAUAGAACAGCGAGUAUUGAAAAAAAGAAUCGACAGUCCAAGAGGUUGUGUUCGAGAUGAACUGCGAUGUAUCAUGGGAGACUGCUGCAGAAUGAUUCCAUCUAGUAGUGUAAAAGUGGUCGUGGUUGGUGCUGGUUUGGCAGGCUUAUCUGCAGCCUCCACCCUGAUGAAAGCUGGCUUUCAGCACAUCCAAGUCCUAGAGGCUAUGAGCAGGCCUGGAGGCCGUGUCCACACUACAAGACCCUUCGGCCAGGAUGUCAUUGAGCUGGGGGCCAACUGGAUCCAUGGCCAGGAGGGAAACCCUCUCUUCCAGUUAGCCCAGGAGCAGGGUCUGCUUCUUGAGGAGAGUGGCUCAGCCAAAACCAUGUGUCUGCCGGGCUCUGUCACCCCAAGGGACUACUUCUUUGAGGAGAGUGGACGAAAGCUGCCGAUGGACCAAGUGGACCAGGUGUGUGCCUUCUUCAGCAAACUAACCUCCAGGGCCUUUAGUUCGGAGCUGGAUCCGAAGCACAGCACUCAGAGCUUGGGGGGCUACCUGGACCAGGAGUUUGCCCAGUCGCUCCAGGCCACCUCAAAGGUUGGUCAGAGGUUAUUCGAAUGGUGCAAGAGGAGCGAAUGCACAGACGAGGCCAGCUCCUCCCUGUAUGAGGUGUCCGCCGUGCAGCUGUGUCACUACGUGGCCUUGGAGGGGGGCUUUUUCAACUCUCUUGGCCCCGGGGGCUACCAGGCACUAGUCGACACCCUCCUGGAUAGCCUUCCCCCAGGAACCGUGCUCUGCGACAGGCCGGUACGCAGCAUCCGCUGGGCUCUGGAGGGAGAAAGCCAUGCCCACCCAGUUAGUGUACUGUGCCAGGCGGGACAGUGCUUCACUGCGGACCAUGUCAUUGUGACUGUUCCUCUGGGCUUCCUUAAAGAAAACGGGGCAGCCAUGUUUGAGCCUGCACUCCCCACAUCCAAGGCCAGCGCCAUCGAACGACUGGGCUUCGGCACGGUGGACAAGAUCUACCUGCGCUUCGAGAAAAGGUUCUGGCCAGAUGACUGCGCUGGGAUUCAGUUGGUUUGGGAUGCGGGGCCAGAAGAUGAAAAGGUGUACCAGCACUCUCAGUCAGAAGGUGGGGCCUGGAGAGACACAUGGUAUAAGAAGAUCUGCGGUUUUGACACAGUGGCACGCCAUCCCACCGUCCUCUGUGGCUGGAUCACAGGCCGGGAGGCCCAACACAUGGAGACCCUGGAUGAGAGGAUGGUGGGAGAGGUGUGUGUGAGACUGCUCCGGUCAUUUACUGGCUGGUCAGUCGAGGAGCCAGCCCAGGUCCUGAUGUCCAAAUGGUGGAGUGAGCCCUUUGUCCGUGGGUCCUAUACUUACCCCCCUCCAGGAGUGGAUGCUGUGAGAGAACACAACGCCCUUGCAGCUCCUCUUCCUCAGCCCUCUGAUGCUGGACACUCACAGGAAAAGCCUCUUCAGGUGCUGUUUGCGGGCGAAGCCACCCAUGUCAGCUUCUACACCACUACUCACGGGGCCUACAUUACUGGCAUCAGAGAAGCACAACGAAUCAUUGAGCUUUAUGGCGAUAAGAAAUUGGAUUCUUAGACAGAAAAUCAGAACACCUCAUUAACACGGAAAAAUUCAUUCCCAUUUUGAAUUUGAUGCCAGCAACACAUUUCAAAAAAGUUGGGACGGGGACAUGUCUACCGCUGUGCUGCAUCACUUCUUUUAACAAUACUCUAAGCGUUUGGGAACUGGAGACCAAUUGCUGUAGUAAUGUAUGAAAUGUUUCCUCAUUCUUGCUUGAUAUAGGAUUGCACCAAAUGUUUUCAGUGGGUGAAAGGUCUGGACUGCAGGAAGGCCACUUUUGCACCCAGACACUUUUCCUGCAGAGCCAUGGUGUUGUAAUACUUUAUUGAAACAUUCAGUGUGGGAAUAUAUUUUUCAAGAAACAAUCAAAUGUCUCAGUUUCAACUUUUGAUAUGCUCUCUUUGUACUAUUUUAUAUUGAAUAUCGGGUUUUUAUUUUUGGAAAGAGGGUUGUAAUUGUUACUUAGUUGAGGGACUGUACUAAUGUAAUGGCCUCUUACUUAUUUAAUGAAUAAAGGAAAAACCUG